CAGUGCGCACGCCGGGAACCUGCAGAGCGAGCGCCGAGGUGGGGCGCUCGGGGUAGCCGAUCGAGAAAAGGAGACGCGUGGGAGGGUGUGGGGACUGUAACAAACAAAUACCAGUGGCAAAAGGCUAUUUGACAAGUAAAAAGAGCCGUGCUCCGUUUCCUCACCACCGUGCCCGGUCCUAACUCCCGCUACUGCUGAGAAUUCGCCACCGCGCUCCGCUCCACUGGCUCUUCACGCCCCAACCCCCGGGCCUAAGUUAGCAGGGGCGGGGCCAGCGGCGCUGGGGCGGGGCCUAAGGUAGCCUGGGCGGCGGCGGCGGCCGUGGUCAGGAUCCAGGCAUCUGGGACUGUUGUUCUCUCCCCGCGCGACCGCCUCAGCCGUUCGCCCAGACAGAGAGACCAGUAGCUGGUGUGCCGAGGAGCGGACGGCUGCAUCCUCCUCUCUCCUGCUUCCCAGAGCUGCUGCAGUAGCUGGCACAAACAUCCUGCGGUUGGUCUCCGAUGCCCUUCACUGAGGAGGGGGCGUCGGGACCCUGGUAAGCUCACCUUAGGCCCCCGCAACUCGGCAUCUUCGUCAGCUCUCUGGUCCGCAUACCCGUCUGUCUGCCAUGGCCGAAAACGCAGGCGGGGACCUAAACUCCAAUCUGCUCCACGCCCCCUACCACACUGGAGACCCUCAGCUAGACACGGCCAUCGGGCAGUGGCUCCGCUGGGAUAAGAACCCCAAAACAAAAGAGCAAAUUGAAAAUCUGCUACGGAAUGGAAUGAACAAGGAGCUGCGAGACCGUCUUUGCUGCCGGAUGACGUUUGGGACUGCAGGCCUCCGUUCUGCUAUGGGGGCGGGGUUUUGCUAUAUCAAUGACCUUACAGUAAUACAGUCAACACAGGGGAUGUACAAAUACCUUGAGAGAUGUUUCUCAGACUUCAAGCAGAGGGGCUUUGUCGUGGGGUAUGAUACCCGGGGGCAAGUAACUAGCAGCUGCAGCAGCCAGAGCCUCGCUAAACUCACUGCUGCAGUCUUACUGGCCAAAGAUGUUCCUGUGUACCUUUUUUCAAGAUACGUUCCUACACCUUUUGUACCGUACGCAGUCCAGGAGCUCAAAGCAGUUGCAGGGGUGAUGAUUACAGCUUCUCACAACCGCAAAGAAGACAAUGGAUACAAGGUUUAUUGGGAAACAGGUGCUCAGAUCACGUCUCCUCAUGACAAAGAAAUCCUGAAAUGCAUAGAAGAAUGCGUGGAGCCCUGGAAUGGCUCUUGGAAUGAUAAUUUAGUGGAUACCAGCCCACUGAAGAGAGAUCCUCUGCAGGACAUUUGUAGGAGAUACAUGGAAGAUCUGAAAAAGAUAUGUUUUUACAGGGAAUUAAACUCAAAGACCACCUUGAAAUUUGUACAUACGUCUUUCCAUGGGGUCGGACAUGAUUAUGUGCAGUUGGCUUUUCAAGUGUUUGGUUUUAAGCCUCCAAUUCCGGUGCCAGAACAGAAAGACCCGGAUCCAGACUUCUCCACCGUUAAAUGCCCCAAUCCUGAAGAGGGGGAAUCUGUGCUGGAGCUUUCUCUGAGACUGGCAGAGAAAGAAAAUGCCCGGAUCGUGGUGGCCACGGAUCCUGAUGCAGACCGACUGGCAGUGGCAGAACUUCAGGAGAAUGGUCAUUGGAAGGUUUUCACAGGGAAUGAGUUGGCAGCUCUGUUUGGGUGGUGGAUGUUUGAUUGUUGGAAGAAAAACAAAUCACAAAAUGCCGAUGUGAAGAACGUUUGCAUGUUGGCCACCACAGUCUCCUCCAAAAUCUUGAAGGCCAUUGCACUUAAAGAAGGAUUUCAUUUUGAAGAAACAUUACCAGGUUUUAAAUGGAUUGGAAGUAGGAUAAAAGACCUCCUGGAAAAUGGGAAAGAAGUCCUUUUUGCAUUUGAAGAGUCUAUUGGUUUUCUGUGUGGAACUGCGGUUCUGGACAAAGAUGGGGUGAGUGCGGCCGUUGUUGUUGCUGAGAUGGCAUCUUACCUGGAAACCAUGAAUGUGACGUUGAAUCAGCAACUUAUUAAAGUUUAUGAAAAGUAUGGUCAUCACAUUUCAAAAACUUCAUAUUUCUUGUGUUAUGAUCCAACUACUAUCAAAAGUAUAUUUGAAAGGCUUCGCAAUUUUGAUUCACCAAAAGAAUAUCCAAAAUUUUGUGGGACAUUUGCUAUAUUGCAUGUACGAGACAUUACCACUGGAUAUGACAGCAGCCAGCCUAAUAAGAAAUCAGUGCUACCUGUGAGUAAAAACAGCCAGAUGAUUACAUUUACUUUUCAAAAUGGCUGUGUUGCUACUCUUCGGACAAGCGGGACAGAACCGAAGAUAAAGUAUUACGCAGAGAUGUGCGCAUUGCCUGAGCAGAGUGACACCACCUUACUAGAAGAGGAAUUGAAGAAACUCAUUGAAGCUUUGAUUGAGAAUUUUCUCGAGCCCAGUAAAAAUGGACUGAUCUGGCGUUCAGUGUAGUGGACGUGGGCCUGCCGUUCCUCUGUGCUGGCGGACGGGCCGACCGGGACUCCGUGUGCUGAGUUCGGGUUAGCGUUCUCCCUUUUUCUCAUCUGGCCAAGUGUCUGUCCACUUUUUUUUUCUUUUCUUUCUCUUUGGUUGGUUGAUUAAACAAAAGGUAUAACUUUGAUUAUACCAUGAAGUGGUCUGGAGAGAAAAUGAUUCAAAUUUUUUCAUAUUCUUGAACAAAAGUAUUACAUUAAAAGUAUUAUAAUAACACAUUCUUCCUUUAACAGAAACAAAACAGUGCACAAGUGAGUUCUCUUGUUCGAGUGUGAUUAAGUAAGCUUAGUUCCAUGUUCUUGUGAUUGCGUAUAGCAUGGAUUUUUUAAAAAUAGGCAGUUAUAUAAGUGUAGGAUUAAAGAAAUGAUCUCAUAAAAUUGGCAAGAAAACGGCACUUACUCUCAGAACACUGUGGGGAAAGUGUCAGUGUUACAUCAUAGGUAUUGACUUACAAAUUAGAGUAUCUGAAAUAGGGUACUUAGCAUUUCUAGCUCAGAACAGAUGUUACAGUUGUGGUUCGUAGCUCUUCUGUGUCAGGUGCUGUUGGUGCGGUGUAAGUUUGUCCUGUGUAUUUGCAAUUCCAGUGUGUAAUGAACAUAAAACAACAGCGGCAACACUCCUAGAAGCUUGUUCUUGUCCGACUUCUCAGUGCCUUCUCAGGGGAUGGCGUGAGCUGAAGUGGUGUUCCCGCGCUGAAUCGCAUGUAAUCAGUUCAUUCUCGGACAGUUAAGGAAAAUCUUCCACACUGUGUAGGUGCUUUCCCUCCCUAUUAAAAAGGUUUGCUGACUUUAAAAUCUUAUGAAUGUAUAUAAAAAUCUUAAUAAAAGUAGGCUCAGUGUAAGUGUAGUUAGGCAUCUUCAUGUUAGAAUUAAGGGGUCAGUUAUCACAGCCUUUGAGUAAAGAAAAAAUCUGAGCUGAGACAGCUGUGAAUAUAUUGAAAAGCCUAACUUCUGAGUUAAUUUUUGUAAGUAGAUUUAUUCCUUUAACAGAUGAAGUAAUGCUAAUUUUACUAAGAAAUAAAACAUUCAAUAAUAUGAAACACUAAAACUACCGUCCAGUUUAUCCUACUAUCUUGCUGGCUUCCGUAGAAUUUCCGAUGACAGGAGUAACUAUUUACCACGGAAGGGCACUGGUCGAUUCUGCAGUCUUCUGAAAAGGGCAGCGGAGGACUCCGCUUAGUCUCCUUGGAGUGUAUCCUGUUGGGCAUAUAGCUCACGGGACACUUACACACAGUGUAAGUGGUACAGUGAAGAGGUAACAAUAACGAGGCCUUGAGCAUAACUGUCUGAACAAAUUGCCUGUGGACGAUGACUGCUGAAAAUGUAUUUCCUACCAAAGUUUCCUAAAAAAAAUGGUGAUACAGAAAUUGAAUUGGUCAACAUACUUAUUAAAUCAUGGUUUGGUUUGGUGUAGCUACUGGCUAACAUUUGGUUCAACCCACCUAAUCCAUAUAUAAUGUUCAAAUUAUUGUAUUGCCACUAUUGUUGAUUUGUUCCUUUCUUAUAGACGGGUCUUGUGUGACUAUAGAUAAUAGACAACUAGCAAGCUAAAUGUAGGUCACUGUAUUUCUAAAUGAAUUUGUUUUCAAAGGCUUUGCACUCGAUCAAAUGUGUAGAAUUUUUUUUGCUUUAUUUGCCUUUAUGAAUGUAGACUGUAAUUUAGGAAAUGGCCUGUACUCUACAAAGUGUUAUGAGCAAUGCUAUAUAUAUAUAUAUAUAUGGAAAAUAUGUAUAUUUGGUUUCAAUGUCUGUUUUUCAUUGACUGAAGGACAAAGUGGAGCUAAAAUGAUACAAUAGCACAUUUGUAAUCCCUAAAGCCAUGUUAUGAUUGUCAUUCUAUUAUAAAGAGAACAGUUUUAUUGGAGAGCUUUAAUAUAAUGCAACAUCUAAGUUGUCUUAAUCAAAGUGAAAAACUAUUAAAGCUUGGAUCCUUAUCUCAAAAAUUGAAAAAUCCGAAGUUGAAAUUAACAAAAUUAUACAAGUGUUCCUGUGGUGUAUAGAGGGAAUUAUUUGAUUCUAGCCAAGCUCUCCAGUCUGGCUGAGUGUGAUAUUUAACAUGACCUCGAUGUAGUGGGUGGACACUUGCCCAACAGGAUAAUUCAGGAGCCCGAGCCAACCAGGGUGAACAGAAGUGCUGGCCAGUAGGUCUGAGCCUGGGGCUGCGCAGUGUUUGCUUUUUUCAUUAUAAGCAAUGUCAUGGAAAUUGAUGCAUUCUCACUGAGUGUGCAGAUCAAAACUGGGAUUCUCGAGAGCGGUGAGGCCAGAUUAAAGUAUGGGUUGGAAAUAAACAGGAGAAAUAAGCAAACAAUAGAAAGGUCAGUAAGGUGGCAGGGAAAUGCUUUUUGUCAAGGGCAAACUUACCACCCUAAAAACAGAGAAUAAGCUGUGGAUAAGUGGUUUACCUGUGUGUUUGUUGUGACAAUGAGUGAUUAGGGAACCUUUUGUUUUCUUUUAUUAGUGACCACUAAAGAGGCCAAGUUGUAAGACCCCUCUUACCGAUUCAGUUUCUGGGAUGUUGUUGUUUCUUAGGAUCCUAUGGGACUGGGUAGGGGAUGUAGCCCAAAUAAAAAGGAAUAAAAUAUAGACGGAAAAUAAAGCGUCUGAGUAAAAAAAGAUAAAAAAAUUAAGAUUAUUUAACUCUGGAGAGGAGAAAGCUAUUGAAAUAGUUUAAUUAAUCUUAAGUUAUUGAGUCAUUUACUGAACAACUUAAAUUAAGAAGUAAUAUGAUAAGACUGUUCUCCAUCUCCAGCAAGGAUAAAAUAGGAGGGAAUGAGGAACUUUAAAGAGAAAAAAGGCAGCAUGUGUAGUUCAAGAUUUAAAAACUUGGACAGGAAUCAUUAUGAAGCCUUCUAUUUGAAUUUUUUAUUUUUAAAUGAAUAAAAAAUUAAAAAGUAAAGGAUAUACUAAAUGGCUUUUACAGAUUUCUUCUAAACCUUUUUUUUUUAACUCAGGUUGGUGCAAAGAUGUCAAAGAGCACUGGAAGUAACAUUUGAAUCUCACUCCAUAUCUGUAGGAAUUUAGCUCACAAGAGAGCAUUUUUUAAAAUAUGUUGAGUAGUAGAUGCAUGAGUGCAGUGAGUAAAGGCCUGCUUAGAUGUUAUUUUUAAUUUAAUCUGGUAAAUUGAGACUUGAACACAGUGUUGUUCAUCUUGAAGAAUGUACAGCAUCAUAGAAUAUUUGAGGGGUUUGUUUUAAAUAUAGACUAUUGUUAUUUGGAUGUAGUAACUUCAGCAGACAGUUUUCUAAGAAAUUGGAUACUUUGGAAUAUCUUUAUAUAGGAACUCGAACUCCUGUUUCUUAAAAAGAUUGCUCAGCUGGAGUUUAAUGGAGAAAUUGUUCUUGAGCUGCUGUAUUGGUUUUUCUUUCAGAUCUUUUCCAUUGUCGUUUGUGAUGCUUGAAAAAUCCAAAUUCAGCUUGGAUAAGUUUAAUUUCAUGCCCUUUUUCUCUACCUCCCUCCUUCCCCUUGUGCCCUCCCACAUUUUGUUACUGUGAAAUGCUAUUGCCCUGUUACCUCGCUGAUCACUCCUAACUGUAUCCUCCAGAAUGCUGUAAGCUUAUUCAUAAACUAAGUUGGUUUGUGGACUUCUGGGUAUUUUGUUAUUGUGAGAAUAAGACAUUGUAAGAAGUAAUUUUAAAUCUGUUUCAUAAUUUCGUGUGGUCUGUCUGGAUACUAUGUGUUCAUUUAUUAUGGCCUUUUACAAUUCACUUGUUUUCUGAGAUUGCUCCAAAAACUGAUGAGGAGAGAAACGUACUAAUCAAAAUGAAUGGUCGAUUGAUCUAGCAUUUUCUUUUCAGUUUCUUUGUACUUUGGGCAACCAAAGCACAAGAUUUGAGGAACUGUUUUUUUGUAUUUGUGCCUCAGAGCAUCUUACUGUAGCUGUAAGGGGUCUGAGUAGAAAGAAGAGACCGCCCACUGUCUCAGUGCACAGCAGGACUUCCGUUCCAGUCAGAAACAAAGUCAGCGUUGGCCUGUGGUUGCUUUAACUUGUUCAUCAUCCUGUUAUAUCCAUUAAGCCAUCUUUUAUCUUUAUUAAUUAAAGACUAUGCAUUUAAAAAAGAGAACAUACAAGAAUGAGUGAAGCAACCAAGAUAAGGGCAAAGUGACAUGGCUGAAGUUUGCCUCUCAGAUUUUUCCACCAGUGUGUCCCCAAAGCAGCAUGUGUAGGGGAGGGGCCUGAGAGCAAAGCCAGACGCAGCCUACCACUCACGAAAUGCCAUGUUACGUCUCAACAAUGUAGGUGAAGUUUGCGUUCUCCAGAAUAAGACUGUGUUGAUAUAAAAGUGAUUCCUUCAAUAGCCACCAAAACUGCUGCUGCCCGAAAGGAGCACCGUGCUCAACACGUGGCCUCCCUUUUCUCCCCCAGCCCCCGCUGAUCGCUGCAGGUCCCUGGGCGCAGGCGCCCUGACUCCAGUGUGAGAAACAGAAGCACAGAACAUAACCGGGAUGUUCCCCGCCCUUUAGAAGCUGCCCUUUGAAAGUAUGAAUGCCAAUUUAAACUGACCUGAAACCAUUAUGUUACCAUUGAACCUUACAAUAUAGUUGAGGUAUGGGCCAGUCUGUUCUCUUUAAUUUAUUGCCAUUCCUUGACCAAGAUCCUUCUUGACUAUCAGCUUCCUUUAUUAUUUUCUCAUAUCCACCCAGCUAGUACAGUAGCUGGUAUAGAGUGCUUAGUUGAUGAUGAUGGUAAUUAAGGGAUUUUAUUUUAAAGAAGCAAAGCAUUUAAGAACAGUCAGAAAUAUAAUUUUCUAGUUCAGCCUUUUGAAACAAUUCUCAUUACUGAAAAUAAGUAAUGUUUAUCAAGCACACAUGCCCUUAAAUACUCAGUUUCUUUAGAGAAAGAAAUUUUCUAUUUGGAAAUUAUGUGUUAUGCCUAGUAUUUUACAUCCGAAGCAAGGCAUUGGCUAAGAGGCUAAGAAGUGUCUGUGAAGGCUUAACAGCACUAAUGUAAGUGCCAUUUGGAGCCCACCAGUGCUACCUUCCAAGUGAGUCAUGACUGACUUGAUACCAUUUGGUACGUUGUCGUUCAGCCUUAUGAUUCAGCAUGUGUCUUACAGGAGCCAGUCAAGUAAGGAUCUGCAUCUGUACGUGGUGAGGCCUUCGUCUCAGAGGCUAAAAUGAACUCUGUGUGUACAUUAUUGAAUAUGCCAGAGGAAAUGUGUGCAGUUAAGAAUUCACUUGUUUUCCUGACUGUGUAGCAGCAGUUCAAAUUUGUGCCCUUGUUUUAACAGUUGCUGUAUCUUCCCAUUUUUCCCUAAGAAAACACCAGGGUGUAUCAUAAAUACUGCCUGUGAGAAUUUGCACUUUAAGUAUUUGUGUGUGGAUUUCUUGUGGUUUUGGCCAAAUGAAAUGUUAUCAGUAAUAAACAGGUCUCUUCAUAAGCAUGAAUUUCUGUGUAAUUUUUAUAUCUUAGACACUGUGUAGUUCAUAAAGUUUGCUAUCCAGACCGAAUACGUUGUUGAAAUGUAUGUGUGGCAUACCCUAGAAUCUACACUGAGCCUAAAUAAAUAUUGUAGCUCAUUAUUCA